GCUGCAGCACAAAGAAAGUACACUCCCUACCAGGUUACCAUUCCUGCAUCGCUUGGCGAGUGCACAAAGGAGUGGAUGUCCUUCGUGAUUAAUCAUCCGGAUGCUGCUGCUGUGCAGCAUGACUUUGAGUGGGUACAUGGCAUGCUGCAAACUCGCUCAAUGUCUAAACUUUCUUGCCUGGCUUUAAAAGUCAAUGCCAAAAAACCCACCUCAAAUCUUGCAAGAAAUCAGAUGUGGGUGUUUCACCGCAUGCGGAACAACCCCAUAUCAAAGCCUACAUGGUGUUCCAUUUGUGUCUGAGAGCAAAGCAAUGGUGUUCGAGAAGCUGGUAUCUCCGAGUCAAAUGCUGAUCCUUGUGUUCUGUCUAGAGAUGAUCCCUGACUCCGAGUAACGUUAAUUCAUGAAAAGUUGCAUAGAAACGAGGAAUGCGUUCUACAGUUUAGUCAGAUCACUUAACCUCGAAGCAGUCAAGAGUGCAUAUGCCAGUGUCACGACGAGCAGCCAUGAGAGGGAUCAUGCACAGUGCAGGUUUUUAUGUAACCUUUUAAUCCAUGCCCUUGGGAAGCUGGGUGCCUUGGACGAAGCCAAGGAGGUUUUCUUGCAGAUAAGACACCCAAAUGUCUUCUCGUGGAACAUUUAUAUCCGGUGCUGUGUCGAUAAUGGGCUCUUUGAUGAAGCGAAAGAAGCCUUUCACCGUUGUAGCGCAAGAGAUGUCGUCACCUGGACCACCGUCUUCCAGGCGUAUGCCCACAAUGGGCAUACUCACGAGGCAAGGCUCUUGUUUGAUAAGAUGCCACAAUUUGAUCUCAUAUCGUGGAACGCAAUGUUGAGUGUCUUGGCAGAUGCUGGACAAGCGUUGGAGGCAAAAUACCUUUUUGAUAUCUUUCCAGAGCGCUCGGUGGUGUCGUGGAACUUGAUCCUGCAAGCGUAUGCCGCGAAAGGACAACUUGAAGAAGCGAAAAGAAUCUUCUAUCUCAUCCCUGUCACUGAUGUGAUCUCGUGGACGACGAUGGCUUCUUCGUUUGCACAAAGCGCUUAUGCCCAAACCGGACAGAUGGAGAAAGCCAAGAUGGUCUUCGAGGAAAUGCCCGAGAGGAGCUCCUUGUCUUGGGCUUCGAUGCUGCAAAGCUACGCUCGGAAAGCUCUUGCGAUAGAAGCCGCGUCCUUGUUCCAGAAAAUCCCACAACGGACCUUGGUCGUGUUCACGCUCAUGCUCGAAGCUUAUGCUCAAUCUGGAAAUCUCGACGAGGUAAAGAGGAGCUUCGACUCAAUGCCACAGCAAAACUUAGCAGCCUUCACGAUCCUUGUCUCGGUCUACGCUCGCUGCGGUCGUAUCGCAGACGCUCAGGAGUUCUUCCACGCCAUGCCUCAGUGGGACACAGUCGUGCUGAACGUGAUGAUCGAAGCCUUCGCGAGCAGCAGGAUGAUGAGCGAGGCCAGGAGCAUCUUCGACGGCAUGGAAACUCGAGACCGCGUGACUUGGACGGCGGUGAUCGUGGGAUACGCUCGCUGUGGACUCCUCCAAGAAAGCCGGAGCUUGUUCGAGAGGAUCCCCGACGCUGACACCGUUUGCUGGGGAGCCAUCAUCGCGGCUUACUGCCACAGUGGGCUGGUCCAGGAUGCUCUCGAGCUCUUCCACUCGAUGAAUCUCCAUGGCAUCCAGGCCAGCGAGGUGGUCUUCUUGAGCGUUCUCAGCUCCUGCAGCCAUGGAGGGUUAGUCCGCCAAGGCCUCGGCUAUUUUCUGUCGAUGGAGGCGGACUUUGGCGUGGUAGCGUCGAGAGACCACUACGUUUGCGUCGUCGAUCUUCUGAGCAGGGCUGGACUGCUGGGUGACGCGCAAGACUUGGUAACACAGAUGCCUUAUUCACCCGAUGAAAUUGCCUGGAGAACACUGCUUGGUGCAUGCAGCACACACAGUGACGAGGAGAUGGGAGCCAAAGCAGCAAACAAGUCUGUGACGCUGGGAUCGGGCGAUCCAGCUCCAUACGUGUUAGUCUCAAACAUAUAUCAACUAGUUUAGUUGAAAGCAUACUAUUCUUC